AUGUCUGAUCAAGAUAAGGUAGAGAUGGAACAAGUUCCACUUAAAUCUGACACUGAUGCUCCAGCAUCUACUGAAGAAGCUCCUGCUAAAGCUGAAACCGUCAGCGAGCCCAAGAAAGGAUGGUUCUUCUCUCGCAAGGCCAAGAAACCAGCAUCUGAUGUUGAGGCUCCAGCUGAGGAAACCAAAGAAGAAGGCAAGGAAGAAUCAUGCAAGAAGAAAUGCUGGUGGAACAGAAACCAGAAGUCUGAGGCUGAUCAGAAAAAUGAUGAAAUCAGUAUCGGAAUCAAUUUGGUCGACAGAGACGAAAAGGGAAAUAGCAAUCAUGUUAACUUUGGCUAUGAAGAUAUCUUCGCUGAAGCCGAAGCUGCUCAUUCCUUUGAUUGUCUCUGGCGUUUAGUUGCCAAAACUUUCGUUGGAACUCGUCUUUUCAUCUACAGAGUAUUGAGUUUGAUUGUCGGAAUUCCCGCCGCUAUCAUCUUUGGCGUUCUUUUCGCUAUCGUCACCGUUCUCAACACUUUCCUCUGUGUUCCAUUCGGAAAGCUUCUUACUGUUCCAGGAAACUGGAUCGCUAUGUCAUGGGCUUGGGCCAUUCAAGCAAUCGUGCAUCCAGUUACUUCUGCCAUCGGACUCAUCUUUAGCUCCUGCACAAUCAGAAAAUAUGGCUUCAACUCCCAAGUUACAGAACCUCUUGUAUAA